AUGUCCAAGUUUCAUUUAUGCUUGGUUGAUGAUGAUGGCGAUGAUAAGCUGAAUAUUAAUAAAGCUUAUGCAGAACGUUAUGACAGUUGGCGGCAUUUGGAGGAAUUGCAAAAAUUGAAAGAUAGAUAUGGAGGCGGUACAGGAGAUGACGAUAGCACAAACAGUUCGUCUAGUGAAGAACCUGCUGUGUGGUCAAUGGAGCAUGAGAAAGAUUUCCUUCGUACAUUGUCUGCUUUGAAAACCCGCGAUCCAAGAUUGUAUUCGGGUCAAAAAUUCUUCACUGCUGAGGAUAAAGGGACAUCAACUAAUAACAUUGUUAAAUUCAAAAAAAAAGAUGCCCCAAUGUUUCUUAAAGAUUACGAAAGAAAACUUAUUCUGGAAAAAGGAGGAGAUAUCACUGAAGAUGAGGAAGAAAAGAAGACUUAUAAGCCUGGCUAUUACGAAGAACAGGAAUUAAUAAGACGAGAACUAAAAGCUGCACUCGCUGAACAAAAUGAUGACACUGAGCCAUUGCUACGACAACGUGUUAAGACAAAAGAUGAAGUGAAAAACGAAGAAGAUCAGUAUUACGAAUGGCUGAAAGGACAAAGAGAUGAAGAUCUGCCCGGUGUAGAAGAACUGAAAGGGCUCAAAGAAGUAUGGAAUGAUAUGAAUUUAGAUGAAAGUGAGGAAUUUCUACGUGAUUAUUUGUUGGACAAAAAAUAUGAAGACGAUAAUGGUGUUCCGUCGUAUGAAGAAAUUGUGAACGUCGAAAAGGAUGAGGAAGAGUUAGAAAGAGAGAAUGAGUUUGAACGGAAAUAUAAUUUUCGAUACGAAGAACCUGAUCAAGAUUUUCUUAAACACUAUCCUCGGACAGUAAAGCAGUCUUUGCGGAAAAAGGAUGAACGUCGGAAACAAAAAAGGGAUGCAUAUAAAGAGCGUAAAAAAUUGGAGAAACAGACGCGAAAAAAUGAAAUUAAAGAAUUGAGAGCCUUAAAAAAGAAAGAAAUUGAGGAGAAGUUGAAAAAACUGAAAAUAUUAGCUGGAGAUGACGGCCUUCCACUUAAUGUAGAUGAUUUGGAAGCAGAUUUUGAUCCUGCGGCUUACGAUAAACGCAUGAAAGAAGUUUUCAAUUCUCAAUAUUAUGAAAAAACUAUGGAGGCGAGUGAAGAAAAGCCUGUUUUCUCUGAUACUUCCGAUAUCUCUACCGACGAUUCAGAUUACGACACCUUCGAGGUGAAUAAAGAAGAAAAAGAAAAGGAAAUUGAGAAUACCAGUAGCGAUUGUGGAGCGUGUAAUCCUGAAAAGAAACGAAGUCGGAAAAAGAGGAAGAGAAAUUCGCGUUUUCUAAAAGCUGUUCUUAAAAAAAAACCCUUGUUUAAUCCAGAAGAGAAAUCGUUUGAAGAAUAUUUUAACGAAUACUAUGCACUUGAAUAUGAGGAUAUAAUUGGUGAUGGUUUAAUAACUAAAUUUAAAUAUCGCAAUGUGCCAGCUAAUGAUUUUGGAAUAACAAUUGAUGAGUUAUUAAGUGCGGAUGAUCGACAGUUAAACGCUUGGGUAUCGUUAAAAAAAGUUACAGCCUACCGUUCAGAAACUGAAGAACUGUAUGAUAUUAAAGCGUACAAAAAGAAAGCACUGAACUUUUUAAGGAAAAAAAAAAUUUUCAGCACCGAUUUUGGAGGAAAAAACUCUAAAGAAUUAGCUGAAAACAAUAACGAUGCUAAUGAUAUGGAACACAUGUGUCAAGUGGAUAAAGCACCAAUUAAAAAAAAGAUGAGAACAAAGAAAAACAGUCAAAAAUUUCCUGAAGAUGUGAAAUCGAGCGAACAAGAACAAAAUAGCACUUUGGCGCAACAAAAAAUCCGACUGGUAAAGCGUUUAAAAAAUGCACCUAGUCGUAAGAAGAAUCACAGCACAUUUGAACAAUUUACUUCAACAGUUGACGUUGACGAUGACAGACUUCGUGCUUAUGGCAUUAAUCCAAGGAAAUAUAAGAAUAAGUUAUUUCAUCAAGAAAACUGUGCACGUGAGAGUGUUAAGAGGCAUCAGUAG